GGAAAUAGUUCUUAUAGAAUGCUGUUUAAAUAUAAGGUAGAUGUUCUCUCAUCUUUAAUUUUCUUUCUUUCUGUCCCUCCCUCCUUGCACUUUUUUACACUUAGUUUGAGAGGCAAAAUGGUCCAUGCUGAAGCAUUUUCACGUCCCCUGAGCCGGAAUGAAGUGGUUGGAUUAAUUUUUCGUUUAACCAUAUUUGGUGCUGUAACAUAUUUUACCAUUAAGUGGAUGGUUGAUGCCAUUGAUCCAACCAGAAAGCAAAAAGUAGAAGCUCAGAAACAGGCUGAAAAACUAAUGAAGCAAAUUGGAGUGAAAAAUGUCAAGCUUAGCGAAUACGAAAUGAGUAUUGCUGCACAUCUCGUAGACCCGCUUAGCAUGCAUGUAACCUGGAGUGACAUUGCUGGCUUAGAUGAUGUUAUUACAGAUUUGAAAGACACUGUCAUUUUGCCCAUCAAGAAGAAAUAUUUGUUUGAGAAUUCCAGGCUCUUACAGCCACCAAAAGGAGUACUUCUCUAUGGCCCUCCUGGUUGUGGCAAAACACUGAUCGCCAAAGCUACAGCAAAAGAAGCAGGCUGUCGAUUUAUUAAUCUCCAGCCUUCAACACUGACAGACAAAUGGUAUGGAGAGUCUCAAAAACUGGCUGCUGCUGUCUUCUCUCUUGCUAUAAAGCUCCAGCCAUCCAUCAUUUUUAUUGAUGAAAUAGAUUCCUUCUUGCGAAGUCGAUCAAGUUCUGACCAUGAAGCUACAGCUAUGAUGAAAGCUCAGUUCAUGAGUCUGUGGGAUGGUCUGGACACAGAUUAUAACUGCCAAGUAAUAGUGAUGGGAGCCACCAACCGUCCUCAGGAUCUGGACUCUGCAAUCAUGAGAAGAAUGCCAACCCGGUUUCACAUCAACCAACCUGCUCUGAAACAAAGAGAAGCAAUCUUGAAGCUAAUUUUGAAGAAUGAAAAUGUGGACAGGCAUGUAGAUCUCCUGGAAGUUGCUAAAGAGACUGAUGGCUUCUCAGGAAGUGAUCUGAAAGAAAUGUGCCGGGAUGCAGCACUCCUCUGUGUCAGGGAAUAUGUUAAUUCUGCCUGUGAAGAAGAGACCCAUGAUGAAGAUGAAAUCCGGCCUGUACAGCAGCAGGAUCUCCACAGGGCAAUUGAGAAGAUGAGAAAAUCCAAGGAUGCCACACUGCAGAAUGUUUUGAUGCACGUUAGUUUAGAUUAAGACAAAAGAGUGUGUUUGCAGUUUCUGGUGUGAUUUAGGUUGACUUCUGUAAUUGGUUAGCAAAAAUAAUGUCAGGGGGUGGGAGCGGGGAUGUUCCUUAAAUAAGGGAGUUCUGUUUCUGGAAUUGUUUUUAUACAACAAAUUCUAAGUUAUUGAAAUCUCGUCAUGCACAACUAGGAGUGUAACAAUAGAUCAUGAAGUGGAACAAUUAUAGCCCAGACCAAGAGCAACUGCCUGUGUCUUGUCCCAUAAUCGAUACACGGUAUAGCCUUAAAGGAGGUUCUGAUGUGG